AUGGGCCUAGACGUGGAGGAGUUCGUUUCUCCGUACCAGCACAGUGAGGACCCAGUGAGCGACUUCCGUCAGCUGCUGCAGAGCGAGGGCUACCAGGUGCUGCACUGCGACGUGGCGCCACAGGUGGUCUUCUUCCCGAGUGAGAUGCAGCGUAGAGAUUUUCUGAAGUCAGUAUGUCCAUUCCUGGACCGAGUUCCGGAAGACCAGAAGGAUAAUUUCUUAGAUGAUUGGCUACAGCGUAUCGAGAAACUGAAUGGAUUAUCAAAGGACGUUGGAAGCAGUGAAGAGCCGAAAUACUACACCCACUUUAACAUGAUGGUGGCUAUGGCCAGAAAACUGUAA